UGCCACGCUAUAUCCUCGCUGUUCCUUCUUCCUUCUUCUCUGGUUUUCCCUGUCAUCCGAAGUUCCGAACAGGGUCAACAACAGUCAAACCAAAACCGCAACCGGAGGCGCUCAAACUGGUACGAUGGAGUUCAGACCCCGAAACUACGCCGCCGAAGACGAAGCCUACUCUUUGCCUCGCGUGCAAGCCGACUCUCAUCCUCUCUCCGCCCCAUCUCCGUCGCUUCGCCAGGUUGAUGUUAUGGAUCAAGAAAAGUAUGACUUUUAUGACCCUCUAAGGGCUUCAGAUGUGAAUAUAGCUGUCCCAAUGGAAAAAUUACAAGACGAAGAGAGUAGUGUUGCUGUAAAUAAAGCUGAUGUUCAACUUCCAGCAAAAGAAUGGACCUCUUUCAAGAAAUUCUUAAUGCAGAGAUUUUCUGGAUCUAAAAUGAUUUCAAUUUCUACGAUGUCCCAUGUAAUCAUGAAUAGUGGCAAGGUACAUGAGAAAGCAUCAACAGCUAUGCAUUUAGAAGAACUGGAUGAUCCUGAAAAGUUUGCUGAAGAUGGGAACAAAGUUAUCAGCCAGAAGGAGUAUGUCUCACGGUUGCAUGAACUGAAAGAUGAGAUUACCCGUGCUUGGCAGGCUGAUGAUCGUGUUACGUCUUUGAGGUUGUCAAUCAAGGUUGCCAGGCUUCUGAUGGACACAUCUGUGCUACAAUUUUAUCCAACUUUGUUUGUUCUAGCCACAGAUGUAAUGGAUAUGCUUGGUGAUAUGGUAUGGAAACGAAUCAAGCAGAAAGCUGAAUUUUCUGAAGAUGGAAAUGUAAUCUGCUCCUUGCCAGAGCACUUUGGAGCAAAGGAUAUCUGCUCCGAUGCCAAAGAAACCUGCAAUAACUGGUUCUUCAAAAUUGGUUCUAUCUCCGAGCUUCUCCCACGCAUUUAUCUGGAGCUGGCAAUAUUGCCUUGUUGGCGUUUCCUAGUUGAUCGUCCUGUGGAUGUUUUACAGCGCUUGGUUAUGAUGAUGAGAGGGAUUGCAGAUCCAUUAGCAUCCGCCUAUUGUCGCUUAUAUAUGGCUUAUUGUGCACAAAAAUUGCCUCAGCGGGAUGUAGGAUAUCUAAUAAUUUGCAUUAAUGACUUAAAAAUUCUAUUUACGCGGUUGCUAUCAGCAAAAGAAGCCACACAUGAAAAGAUAGCAGAAAAGAGCAGGUUGCUUAUCAGUUUGAUGGAACCAACGAUUGAGUAUAUUAUAAAAUGUAUAAUUAAGGAUUCAUGUCAGGCACAAGCUGGCAAUGUAUUGGUGGUGCUUGGAUCAGGGAGGAAUCAGUAUGAGUUGUUCCACAGACUUACUUUUAUAUCAAUUAUUCUUCAUCAUCUACUCAAGGAGCUUCCCAAUGAACUAGUCAGUUCUAAUGCUGUGGAGAUUCUUGAACUCAUUGAUGGCUGCAAAGAUUAUUCCUCUGAUCAGUGCUUAAAUUACAGGCUGCUUGGGUUUAGGCUUUCUGAAGGGGGAGCUCAAUUGGAUACAAUCAAUCUAGUAGUAGAUAAAGUCAUUCAGGUUGCUUCUGAAUACAAUAGCCUUGAUAAGUACUUGAAGGUUGUGGAAGCUUACAUGGAUAUCAUUCUUCACAAUCAGAUGGAUAGCCAGCUGGUUGUUAUAAUGGAUGGUAUCAUAAAGCGAGCAUCCAAUGAAGGGAUUGGUGAAACUCAAUUGACCAGCUUGCAAUCAAUACUGUCAAAGCUUCUUGGUCAUUUCAAUAACAUAGAAGUCAUAUUUUCUCUGACCUAUUUCAUUGAGAUCUUAGAUAUAAUGCAUGGGAGCUCACGAAACACGGUCAAUAUGCACAUUCUUAAAAUUGCCUCAAGGAAUUGUUGCAUUUAUGAUCCAAGAAUUAUACAGUUCCUUUUUGAAGUUUCUCAGUCUCUGCACAAUGGUAUAGAUUACUGCCUGAGAGAUGAUGAUAAUCAACAAUCUGCACACCUGAUAACUUGUUUUGUAAAUGCGGUCGACUAUGGGCCUGAGUUGGAACGCCAUUUGGUCUUCUUGAUUGAUUGCCGUGGAGCUUUUGGCUGCAUAAAUGAACUUAAGGAAACUCUUGUUCUCUCCAGCAACUGUUUAGCAGUUAAAGCAAUAAAAGAUGGGCAAAAGCAUCUUAAUUUUGUCAAAUCUUGUAUAGCAUUUAGUGAAGUUACAAUUCCCUCUGUUCCAUCUGUUGUUAAGCAGUUUAAUCUUUAUCUUGAAACUGCUGAGGUUGCUUUGGUGGGUGGCUUAGUUUCUCAUUCAGAUGGACUUCUAGAUUCAGCUAUCAAAUGUCUUCAAACUUCGGAUCCGAUGGAUGGCUCUAGAAUAUCAAAUGAUGCUGAUGGGAUCCUCUGCUUAAUUCAAAAGCUAUGCAGCAUCUUGGUUUUGGUUCCAGGUAAUCCUCAAGGAGUCACUCAUGUUCCAAGGAGCUUGCUGACCUUCAUUAGUUCCCAACCAUGGAUGACAUCAAGAAUGAGGAUAAGGGUGUUGUGUGCAAUUGUUUCUUUGGCUGCAACCUUAUCUCAAUUAAAGCUUCCGUACCAUGCAAAUCUAGAGCAGCUUCUGGGCAAUGACCGUUUGUUCUUUGGCGAUCCAACCUAUCUACAAGAGCUUCUGUCCUUUUCUGCAUUUAUUCUUCAAAACCUUGUUGAUUAUGUUAUGCAGGAGCCUUCUCAGGUUGCUCGUGGAACCAUGGCUCUUGAGGCUUGUAACUGUAUAGCAUCAUCUUUCAAUCCAAGUGAUGAAGUAUUGCCAUUCUUCUCCAAGCUGAUGGAAACUGCAAAAACAUGUUUAAGCUCCAAUGACAAAUAUUUGCAGUCAACCAUGAAAUUUGCAGAGAAAUUCUUGCAGAAAGACACUUGAAGAAGGGGGGAAGAAGAUACCCAGUUCCAAAUGCAGCUUCAGAUCAGAUGUGAUUUGUUGCUGUCUAAUUCAAUUAGCUUUUGUGUUGAUGAUGAAGUUACCUUCAUCUUUAAAAUCCUUUUAUUGUUAGUCAACUCUACUGAGUAGAAUUAAGGCUUGUAAUUCUUAUUGUUGUUGUUUCUUAAAAUAAAUUCUUUUAGGGUC